AUGACUUGGUUUCUGAGUAGCCCUCGCUUUUUUUGUCUCUCCCCCCUGCUAGACUUGGUUUUUGCACCGCUCGGAAAUCACUUGAUUGGAACGUUGCGUUUGCACUCAAGCUGCCGCCAUUCCGUGAACUCGACGAGGCGAGGCGUAAGACUUCGGGCUAAGGAAGAUUUUGGUCACGCGAGGUCACCGCCAAGAGGAGGAACUAAUGAUGAGCGAGAGCAAACAUUAAAUCAAAUUUUAACUGAAAUGGAUGGGUUUAGGACGGCGUUGAACUUCGCGAGCGCAGAUAAUCUGUCUCACUUGCCACACGUUUUCUGUUACAUCACGUCACACAUCACAUCUCAGAUUUGAUUAGUGCUCGAUUUUUACUGCUGGCUGAGACCCCCAUUUGCAUUUACUUUCAGUACUCGUCCCCGUGUGAGCGCAUGCCACGCCGUCGCACCAGUUGCAGGCCCCUUAAACGCGGAGUAAUUGGUUGUUCGCGACAAAGUGAAAACAUCAUGCAAGUGAACUGCGUGCAACACAUGACUGCGAUGCUACAAUAGAGCCCCAGUUGUUCCUUCUCGACCGCUUUGCUCGCAUUUUCUACGGCAGCCCAUUGCGCAUUGUCAAGCACACAGGAGACUCUAUUCCAAAUAAAAGUCUAAACGAGAAAUAAGUAUACCACCGGUUCUAGUCUGGCGACGCGCCAGAGCGGGCCCGUUAUACGCAGUGUAUCUCUACUUGCCACUGCACACGAAUACAAAAAAAUAAUUCUGAUCAUUCAUAGUCCAACCUACAACGGAGCAGAGCUCUUUGGACAUCCAGGACAUAUCGAUACACCAAUUUUUUUUUUGCAGAAAUUCAAGUACGUACAUCGCACCUGUCCGUGGCAUCUCAAGUCUAGCUAAAUCAACGCUUGCCUGUAAGUACCCCGAAGAAGAAUGCCAGCGAAAAAAAAAAUGUCAUAAUAUCGCCACGUCUAGUUUUUCAAGAGUUCGCCGCAAAUCUAUCCAAAGGCACCACACCGGUACCGCACUGCUCUCGACCCCCGAUCUUGCGCCAAACCUAAAGCAGGGUAUCACAAAAUCCAAGUCCUUAGAUACACAGCCCAUCCACGCCCACGAUGCUAGCUUGGUCAACACGUUUGGAACCGCCAUCAACGUCUUGGCGGAAGAGACUCCUCACCAAAAGCACCCGAGGUUUGUAUGAAGCAUCCACAUCAAAUAGGUCAUCCCGUUAGAACCAACACAACUUGAUCUUCACCGAAUGUUAAAGGGGAGCAUGUCCCCGUCAACACACACGUCAUACCAAGAUUGUGUCACCC